GCCUACUUUGUUAUAUUGAGCUUCGUGAAUACCGGAUUGUCUCCUAUUCUUUAAUUAUCUUCUACCUGAAUUCAUGGUGCAUGGUCCAAAGCACAAGGUUUAGAUCCUGUUCUUGUAAUCUAUUCUAGUUCACGCUGCUAAACUCACUUUAAUGUCAGACUGUAGUUGAUAGCAAAGUAGUUGGUCAAAAGUUUCGGUUAAGGUUGGAAGCUCUGUAAAGCAGCUGAGCUGACAUACAAGAGUAUGCAAAUAUAUGAGGAUUUGAAGUUCUUUGAGCAUUCAGUGUUUGUGUGGGGAGAGAUUUGGACAGAAGCCAGAAUGCAAGGAGGUUAUAUUCCACCUUGGAAAAUGGGUUCAUGGCAUGGGUCAGAAUUAGAGAAUGUGCAGGAAAAUGAUGAGCUCAAACUGGUUCCAUCGUUAUUACCAGCCAUACCUCAGCCACCAACACCACAUGAGCCUAUGGAGUUCUUAUCAAGGUCAUGGAGCCUCUCUGCUGCGGAGAUUUCAAAGGCUCUUAUGGAUAAACAAAAGCAAACUUUCCAUGAUAAGAAUCAAGCUACGUUGCCAGAAACUAUUUUGACACCUCCUCUAGUAAGAGGCAAGAACAUAUCUUCUGCUAAUUGUCCAAAGAUGGGUGCCAUUGGAAAAUGGUUUCAUCAGAAGCAGCAGCAGCAUGGGAAUGCUAACAUCACUGUGAAGAAGAAAGACCGGGAACGCGUAGAAAAUGCCCGUGUGCAUUCUGCUCUGUCCAUUGCUGGGCUAGCUUCAGCAUUGGCUGCUAUGGCUGCAGCAGAGAACUCUAGUGGCUCUCAUUCAAAGUUGAACUUUGCUCUGGCUUCCGCUACACAACUCUUGGCAUCCCAUUGCAUUGAAAUGGCUGAACUAGCCGGAGCUGAUCGUGGCCGUGUCACUUCUACCGUGAAGUCUGCGGUUGGUAUUAGAACCCCGGGUGAUCUAAUGACUCUUACAGCUGCAGCUGCAACAGCUUUGCGAGGAGAAGCAGCUAUGAGAGCAAGAUUGCCAAAUGAAGCAAAGAAGAAUGCAUCUAUAAGUCCACAUGAUAGGGGACUACCACAGUCUCCUCGGCUUAAAGGACAGAAAUGGUCACAUCAUCCACCAUAUGUAGGAGAUUUGUUACAGCUCACAAGAAAAGGAACAUUAAGAUGGAAGCAUGUUUCUGUUUACAUCAACAAGACAUUUCAGGUCAAGAUCAAGAUCAAAAGCAAACACAUUGGAGGAGCUUUCUCUAAAAAGCAUAAAUGUGUGGUUUAUGGAGUCUCUAAUAAAGAUGGUACUUGGCCAUUCAUAGAAGAAAAGGAAGCAUCUGAAGAGUUCUUCUACAUUGUCUUCAAAACUGCACAAGGUCUUCUGGAGUUUAAGUGCAAGAGUAAACUCCAGAGACAGAAAUGGAUUGAUGGGGUAGAAAGUCUACUUUGUCGAGUCAACUAUGUUGAAGCAACAGAGCACUCUCUAGAAUUUCUAAGUAUGAACACCAACAUAUGAUUGAUUUCGAUUGUGUUGUAUUAUGUUCUAUGUAUAUGUAUGAGUCAUGAAGAGGAGGACAUCAACAGUUUUGGCGAACACUUGUAUUCUUAUGCUGGCGAUACCACACAAAAGAAAAGAAUGAUGUUCACUUUAUUUAUUUUUGAAGAUCAUAAUGGGGUAUAUGUAAUUGAAUUUAUGUGAAGUUAUCUGGAGUGAAAGAUAACUGCUUUUCGA